CGGGCUCUGACUCCGACAAGCAGACGAUAGACGAUUCUCACGAUGUUUCUGUGAAGAUUUGGGUUAGGUCUCACUUGUACCCUUGAGUAUAUUGCUACUUAUUAAUAUUUCUAAAACACAACAUGCCAACCUACGAAUUGGCCAUUUUGUACAAGACACUGCCGAAGGAUAAAUUAAAAGAGGCCUUGAAGACUACUGCUAAUCUUAUAUUCCAGGAAGGGGGUAUUAUAAGAAAGCUUAAUAACCUUGGUCAGCAGGCAACUCCGUAUAGAAUGAGUGUUGAGGGACACACAGUGAAACAAGCAAAUUAUUUUGUAUAUGAAUUUGACUGCCCUUCAUCAUCCGUUCAAAAACUGCUCAUGGAGUUUAAGAAGUAUGAUUCUAUGGCAAGAAGUACUAUAUUUUCACCUGUCAAACCUAUUGACUUCUCAGCUUGCAAACUUGAAGAGGAAACACAGAUUGCACCUUUCAGAAAAGACGUGCAGGAUAUGCUCAAACGUUCAAAGAAAGCUCAAGAAGAGAGAGAUAAGGGAAAAGUUAAACCUAAUCAUGGUCUAGGUUUUGAUCCAUUUUCUUUGUGAAGUGCCAGUUCCUUUCCUAGUUUUUCAUAUAAUAAAUAUAACUAAUUCUACCUA